AAUUAUAAUUAUUUAAAAAAAAUUGAAAUUAAAUUUAUAAUAUUAUAUAUUUGGUUAAAUUAUCCGAGAAAAUCUUAUUAAUUUUAUAUUAAUCUGAUAUCUACCCAAAUAGGUUUAUCUAUAGUGGGUCGCGUCAUUUUCACUUACUUCUGGCAGCGUGCCAGCCCUAGCAGCUAGAUGUUUGCUUCAGCUUCAAGAUCUUCAUCAACGUCAACUUUUGCCUCAUCAUCGCGAUUUAGUCACCGUUGAUCAAUGACGGUGUCCAACCGAGGUGCAAAAUUCUCUAGUUUUGCAACGUUACGACGUAAUAUAAUAGAGAAGAAAUCUUUUUUCUAUGCCGUAAAUGAAGGAUCGCAAGCCCAGGGCCAGCUUCCAGGGCGGUCCGAAAUUAAAAGUCUAGGCCAAAGUGGAUGCUCGACGAUGGCGCCUGGGCUAGGUGAGCCAAGCGAACAAUAUGUUGUUACCUGCGCCUGCUGCCUAUAUGAUCAUGAGAUUUUCUUUUCUCUCCUUAUAGACUUCUAGGUCUUUUCUCCUAGUAGGCAUCGAAAAUAUUUAUUGUACAUUAAGUACCGCUAAUAAGAAACUGCACCCAUACAGUCACAAUUUUGUAUAGCAUAUAGUCAACACCAAAAAAAAGUUUUCCCUCAAAUUCCGCAACCAUGUCGGUCUCCUCAAUCACAACCCAAAUCCCCACAAGCCCAAUCGAAAAAUGGUGUGUCGCCGAGCCCAUCCAACUCGACGGCGAGCCCUACCAAUGCGCGAACGAAACCCUCGGGCUCAAAGAAUCCGACUUCCAGACCUUCUGCUGCGACGGCGAGAUCAUCAACACGGUGCACGACAUCUGGAAGCCGAGCUUCUGGAAAGGUACCAACCACUCGGUGAACUUAUCGGACAUGGUGUGCUGCGGACGCAACGGCCCACAGACCGGUGGUAUCCAACCGCUCCCUACGGCGUACACGGAGUGCUCCGAGGGCAAACCGACGCCCUUGGCCGACCUCGCGGCUACGAAUACCAAGAACGCGGUUCCGUUUUUGGUCACGUAUACUAGUGCUAGCUUUGGCGAUAACACGGUAGGCGAUUACAUACCCACGGAGACGCCGUAUUGCUUCUGGGCGUAUAAGUCUGGGGCUGCGAUGGAGGAGGUUACGGUGGUGGCGGCGCAGAUCACGACGCUGCCGCCUGCUACGACGGAUGAGUUUGGAUGGCCUAUAACUACGGCUUCGGAGACGAGACCUACUAGCUCAGGUUCGGGAUCAGGUUCCGACGCUGCCGCGAAGACUACGAUAUUAUCGGGGACGGCUAGCAGCACGAGUCCUGAGGCAACAACGACGCCUUCGGGUGCUGGUUCGAUUUACUCGGGUGUACGAAAGGGAUAUCUCUGCCUUGGCUUAGGUUUGGUGACCAUGAGCCUCCUUUGGAGUUAAACCUGCCUCGGCUUUGGGAAUAUAGUGGAUGAAGGCUAUGAAGAAUUGGACAAGCUUUGGCUGGUAAUACGCAAGAAAUUAAUGAUAAUAUGUACCAUCGAUACCCAAGAUAAUUGAAUUUUAGUUUUCCGUACAGGUGGGAUCUUGAAGUGGAAAUGGAGAAUGCUUACAUCUAGAUACACUAAAUCACUCGAGAAUGUUCAAAAUGUAGGAACCAAAUACAGCGUUUCAAUCUUGUUAUGCCGUGUACUAUCUAGCAGGAUCGGACCUCCUUCAUACUCUUCGAUAUUCCCAGACAGGUUAUCUUAGCGCCCUGGCCUAGCGCCAGAAAGCUGGAUCAUCCCACCGUUCCCUAUGAACUGGCACAUUCUGUGGUGUUGCGACAACUGAGCUAGUAACGGGGUCAUAUUCAAUGGUAAUCGUGAAGGUGAUAGGGAUUGACACGCGAGUCCGACGGUUGCCAUCAGUUCCAGGGGCGGUGGCCGCCACGUUGUCACCAUUGUUGCUGGGAUGUCUGGUAGUGGUCGUCGCCGCCUCUUGGCGUUCUACCCUAUUUCUGUUUUCCCAGCGAGGGGGAGGAGG